AUGACCAAAUGCACAGCUGGAAUCAAUUUUAGUGGUGCAAGGGUAUGGGAGAGGCUUCAUUUCGUGUAUCCAGUUUUGUUUAAGGUCGUCUUGAUGGUCCUCUUCUGGCUUGUUUACUUUGCUAUCAUUAUCAACACCGGUGGGGUCGGAGCAGUUCCACUGUAUAACGAUGGUGAUGUUCGACUUGAAGGCGGGACAACCUCUUUGGAAGGCCGGGUAGAGGUCUACUAUCAAGGAUCAUGGGGAACAGUUUGUGAUGAUUACUGGGACGAUCAAAAUGCAAUGGUUGUCUGUAAUCAAGUGAUGCCAGGUUAUCACGGAGUCCAUUUUGGGAGGGCUUACUUUGGUGAGGGACUUAAUAUCGACAUCCUUCUCGACGACGUACGAUGUUUAGGAACAGAGUCAAGCUUACUAAACUGCUCUCAUGUCGGGAUGUACAGUCAUAAUUGCAUACACAUGGAAGACGCUGGCGUGAGAUGUUAUCCACCAUCAAGUGAUGGAGCUCUACGGCUGGUAGGUGGUGGAGGAAUGUCGUACAUGGGACGGGUUGAAAUCUUCCAUGACAGACAAUGGGGAACGGUUUGCGAUGAUUCCUGGGAUCUAAACGAUGCCACCGUGGUAUGCCGACAGCUCGGGUAUACAGGAGCUAGAGAUGCACCGCAUAGGGCCUAUUUCGGUGCAGGAACUGGUGCUAUCUUUCUAGACGACCUGUAUUGUAGAGGCGAUGAGUCGAGGCUGAUCGACUGUCAUGGAGCUCAUUUUUAUCAACAUAACUGCGUUCAUUAUGAGGACGCUAGUGUCAUUUGUAUUCCGCCGAUGGACGGUGAUGUACGACUUGUAAAUGGGACAUUGCGUGAAGGUGACGUAGAGAUCUACAAUGACGGAGUAUGGUGGUCCCUAUGUGCUUCUGAUUGGGAUUCUGAGGAUGCUACCGUUGCUUGCAGACAACUAGGCUUCUCCCAUUUUCAAUGGCAUGGUGCAAGCAAUCAUGGAAGUGGUGGAGGUCAAAUGAUCAGUACCUACUUUGACUGUGAAGGUGACGAGACUUCGUUAACUCAAUGUGAAGUGGUGCAUGAUCACAGCGUAUGUGAUACUGGACAAGCUACACUUUCUUGCCAUGCGCCGGAUGAUGGUGAUAUAAGACUACAAGGUGGUGCUGUGUUUAAUGAAGGGCGAGUUGAAGUUUAUUAUCGGGGGCAGUGGGGAACAGUUUGUGAUGAUAGUUGGGAUCAACAAGAUGCCAUUGUAGCUUGCACACAACUAGGAUUCCCUGGAGCUGUCCAAGCCUUGAGAAUGAAUGCCUUUGUUGAAUGA